AGCGAGGCGACAAGUCGUCCUGGUUGCCAUCUUCUUCUUCUUCUUCGUCUUUCCGUGAUGGCGGAAAGUAAUCAUCACACUCGAGAACUCGAACCCACCAAUGGCUUCUGCGCCAAAACCAAGACCUUCCACAGCCUCAGGCCCUCCCUCCCUCUCCCUCCUCCUUCCCUCCCCAUUUCGCUCACCGACUUCCUCCUCUCCCUCCUCCCCCCCUCCUCCUCCUCCUCCUCCUCCUCCUCCUCUUUCACCUUCCUCGUUGACGCCGCCACCGGCAACCGCCUCAACUUCCCAUGCUUCAUCUCGCAAUGCCACGCUCUCUCUUCCUUCCUCGUCAGCCGCUUCCCUUCCCUCUCCAAGAACGACGUCGCUCUCGUCCUCCCGCCUCUUUCCCUCCACGUCCCCGUCAUCUACUUCACUCUCCUCUCUCUCGGCAUCGUCGUGUCCCCCGCCAACCCCCUAAGCUCCGCCUCCGAGAUCAGCCACCUCGUCGGGCUCAGCAAGCCAGUCGUCGCUUUCGCCACCUCCCAAACAUCUCACAAGCUGCCUACGCUCAGGCAUGGCACCAUCCUUAUUGACUUGCCCGAGUUCGAGUCCGUUUUGACCAGGAACGGCUCCAAGGAAACCGGUCCUAUUCCCCGCAAUGUCAACCGGGUCACACAGUCCGAUCCCGCGACGAUUCUUUACUCUUCGGGCACGACAGGCCGGGUCAAGGGCGUACUCAUGACCCACGGGAACAUGAUCGCGGCGCUCGCCGGGCCUCACCAAGCCGAGCCCGACCCGAAGCCCGUUUGGCUGUUUCCGCUUCCCCUGUUCCACGUGUACGGGUUCGUGUGGAUACUGAAAGCAUUUGGAAUGGGGGCGACGGCGCUUUUGAUGGGGAAGUUCGAGCUCGAGGCCAUGCUGAGGGCCGUGGAUAAGUAUGGAGCCGACACGUUGCUUUUGUCGCCGCCGGUGGUGCUGGCGCUGGUGAAGUCGGAGCACGUCGGGAGGUAUCACCUCAGCUCGCUACGCACCACCUUGUGUGGCGGAGCGCCGCUUGGGAAGGAGGUUUCCGAGCGAUUCCAGCAGAAAUUCCCUAACGUGGAGCUGAAGCAGGGUUAUGCAUUGACAGAGAGCCUAUCAGGAAGUGGGAUGAUGGGGCCUGAUGAGACCAAGCAAUAUGGCUCGGUUGGUCGCCUCUCCGCGAAUAUGGAAGCCAAAAUAGUCGAUCCUGUUACUGGAGAAGCUCUACCCCCAGGCUGCAAGGGCGAAUUGUGGCUGCGUGGCCCAGCCAUCAUGAAAGGUUAUGUUGGAGAUGACAAGGCAACGGCUGAUACAUUGGAUCCUGAUGGUUGGCUAAAAACUGGCGACCUUUGUUACUUUGACUUGGAAGGGUUCCUCUACAUUGUGGAUAGGCUAAAGGAAUUGAUAAAAUACAAGGCGUAUCGGGUCCCACCUGCUGAAUUGGAGCAUUUACUUACAUCGCAUCCUCAAAUUGCGGAAGCCGCGGUGAUACCGUAUCCUGAUGAAGAGGCAGGGCAGGUUCCCAUGGCUUUUGUGGUGAGGAAGCCUGGUGCAUAUGUUGCAGAAUCUGAAAUCAUGGAUUUCAUUGCUGAACAGGUCACUCCAUACAAGAAGAUAAGGCGUGUCGCUUUCAUCAGUAGCAUCCCUAAGAAUCCCGCAGGAAAGAUCUUGAGGAGGGAGCUCAUCGGUCAUGCUUUAUCUGCUGGUUCAACCAAACUAUAAAAUCUUAUAAAUCCCAGUGUUUUUCCAAUCAAACACAGGCCAAUAUUAUCAAUUCUCCUCUGUAUUUGGCAAUUUGCUGCUAUAUGUCAUGUAUGUAGUAGUUGUUCCUUAUCGACGACAAGCAAAACCCGGCGAAAUGUCCGUUCCCGACCGAAUUGCAUGCCAGCUUUUUAAGGAAGCCGUGCUUGUUAA